AUGGAGGUGUUGGGAGCGCAGGAGGAGGCUCCGGAUUCUUGUCACCCAGGUUACAAGUGGCGUAAGUCGUGUGGAAAUAUUGAAGAGAACGAUAAAGAGAACAUGCCCCUGCCAGAAGGAACAGAGAACCAGCUGGGCAGCAAACCGCUUCACAAGAAAAUGAGUUUACAGGAAGCUCUAGAAUAUCACAGACCGGACUUCAUCUACAACUCACAAGAACGUGUUCACAAACUGGAGCUCAUGGCACGUCGCCGAAAAAAACAAAAGCAGGAUCCAAAGUUGACAGCAAAAAAAUCUGUAAACCAAAAGAGGAAAAUCUUCACAGUUCCUCAUCCCCUGAGUGAUAACUUAUUCAGUCCAAAGGAAAGAGCAAUCUCAGAGAGGGAGAUGCAACAAAGAUCCAAAAGAAUAUAUAACAGUUUGCCUGAAGUAAAGAGGAAGAAAGAAGAGGAAGAGAAGAGAAUAAUAACACAGAGCAACAGAGUCCGAGUCCAGCUUUUCAAAAAGAAAAUCCUGGAUCAAAUCCUCCAAAGAAGCUUGGACUGAUUUGUCUCCAUGAAACGUUACUGAAAGUCUGUUUAUUCUGAU